UCAUCGAUUCACCCCAGCUGGGAUCUGGCCCCAUUGACUUCAGUGAAGAUAUGGCCAAUUGACACCAGCUGGGGGAUCUUACACAGAAAUCAACAGAAGAGGGAGAGGAGAGGAAAGAAAAAAGGACGGACCCAGUCGUUGGCCUCUUAACUUCCAAGCCACACUUUGGCCCAGCGGCAGCGGAGCGGUAGCUGGGUUGGGUCUAAUGGAAACUUAACUUGAACUUCCACCCCCGCUGGUUUUGGGUGGCCACCGAGUUGGCUGUCACAACGCUGAUAUGAGCGGGGAUGGCUGCAGGGCCCUCGGGGGCGUAUAAAGGUGAGAAGGAUCCCUCAAAACUCAGCCCCCGCUGCUUGUGGGAACCCAGUCACUUAACACCUGGUUCUACACGGCUAUGACUCACGCUCAAGUUCACCUCGCUGCAGCAGAGCAGCCGCUCCCGCGAAAGGGGGAUUCACGCCCAGCGUCCAUCGACCGCACCAGUUGUGCAGACAUGGGAGCAUUGACGCAUGGGCCUGGCCAUCCCAAAACCGUUGGGAAAGAAAGGGCAACAUGUCUGGAUUCAAGAUGGCCGACCCCAGCAGGAAACUGCCACUGAACCAUUGAAUGCUUUAUUGUCACGGCCAUUUUGAAGGCAGAAAUUCUUGUGUCGGGGGCUCGCUGCCCAACAGGACGGCUUUCUGUCAGCGCCUCGGAGGCACUGGACUGCCCCUGCCUCUGGUGUCAAUUGCUCUUGGGUAAGGAGGUGAGACCUGCUAAUGAAGGAAGUCCCCAACACAGAGAUAGGAAGGAAAUUCCCUAGCCCCUGACAGGUGCUACUUCCUGAUUUAGAAGGCACCACUCGCCUUGGAUUGCACGUAUAUCUCAGCGGUUGCCAUUCCACACAACGUGUCUUGCUGGGUGCUGUCGUCUUUUGCUGUGGACCAUGACUGAGGAAAUUAUCUACGCGGAUAUAAAUGUUCUGGAAGAUACAUCCCCCGCCUGCCAACCCUCUCUCCUUAAACACCACGUUUUCCAGGGCCGCUACCUGCAGAUGGAUACUGGCGCAGUCUCAUCGGUCCCUGAGAACGGCAGUGUUGCUCAGAGACAUUCCCCCGGCAGAGAAUGCAACAGGAGCCUGGAGGACUUGGUGUCUCGCCUGAAGCAGAGUCUGUGUCACUCAGCCCAGAGCCCCACAGCAGACGGCUCCAGCUGCAAACUCUGCCCCAUGGACUGGCUGUCACACAGGGGAAAGUGUUACUGGUUUUCCAAAGACAGCAAAAACUGGACCGAGAGCCGUGCUGACUGCUCAGCGAAGAGCUCUCGAAAGCUAGUGAUCCAGGACCAGGAGGAGAUGGAAUUCAUACAGAACGUCACACGGGGUAAAUAUCAUGUCUGGCUCGGGCUCAGUGUUACAUCUGCAGAGAAGAACUGGACCUGGGUGGACAACUCCGUGUUAGACCAAACUCUGUUCCCAGUAACGGGUCCUACUGAUGUGAACAGCUGCGGGGUGAUAAAAGGGAAUCGGAUUCACUCUGAAACCUGCAGUGCUGAAUUCAAAUGGAUUUGCCAGAAGGAAGCCGUGCUGCUAUAAAGAGUGGCAUUAGAGACACUUGUUCCCAUAACAGACCAGUACACUGCCUUGGGUUUCAGUCUUCGGGCCAGACUUCCAGGAGCGGAUGUGCCUGCGGAGACAUGUACGUGCAUCCUCAAACCAGCUGUUUGUAUCUUCAGCUCGGGUAAAUGCAUGUGCAAACCAGGCUGAAGGGCAAAGGAGCAUCUCAUGGACGUAAACACUGCACCACUGACUCUGGUCCAGCAAGAACACGCCUCUUCCUCCCCCUGUAUCCCCUUCCACCAUCACUGAUUCCCUGGCUCCAUCCCUUCCUUCUUCACCCUCAAUGCCUCUUCUGCUUUCUGCCUCUCAGGCCAAUACUUCAAUUCCCUUGUUCUCCACCUAGCUCAGUGGGAGGGAUACUUUCAUAUCCUUGUUCUCCUGGAUCUGGUUUCUCUGCCAUCUCUCCUGGGUCUUCUCCUGCUUUUCUGACUAUUCCUCCUUCAGCAUUCCCUUGACAAGCUUGGAACUUUUUUAACCCAAUGUUUUUCAAAUCAGGUGUUUCAUGGAAGCCGACAACGGCUUUUGAACAGUUUCGGUUUUGACGAGUUGGCAUUUUCUGACCAAAACAAAUCAGAACAUUGCUAACCACGACUACGCGUUUCUCAUAUUUUUUUUGUGAAUUUUGCAUCAUUUGUAAUUUAUAACCACCUCUUCAUUUCCCAUUUUUAAUAAAUUAUCAACAUUUUCUAUAGUUUAUAACCUUCCAUUUUCAGAAUAAGGAUAUUUUAAUGUUUUUGGCAGCGUAGUCACAUGGUGGAUUUUUAUUUAAUUAUUUUAUUUUUAAAUUAUUUUACAAAAUGAAAGCAAUAAACAACAAAUGUUCAAGGGAAAAUUUGCUAAAAAUAGUGGUAAAAUUUAAAAAAAUUAUUUUAAAUGAAAAAUAUUAAUGUUGAGAAAAGGACAUUUUUGACCAAAAAAAUCCCCCUAACAAACCAACUUAUAUUUCAAAAAUAGUGACCAAAUACAACUUUUAAAAAUUAUAAAAAUUGAUCUUACCGAUCUCUGGAGAGAGGGAUAGCUCAG